AGAGAGAGAGGGUGAUACGAGGCUGUGCCCUGUGGGUGUGUGUGCCCAGCUCUGUAACCUGCCUUGCCCCCACCUCUCUGUGUUUGUGUCUCCCCCUGUAGCCCUGGGCACUGCUGCUGCUCCAGAUGGCAGAUGGUACCCGGCAGGAGGGGCAUCAGCCCCGCGGGAAUUCCGUCUCUGUCCCUGUGUGCACUUUCCACCUGCGGGGGCGCUGUGCGUUUGGGGAUCGCUGUUGGAACCAGCACCCAGCCCUCUGCGCCAUCGAGGGCACGGCGAGCGGGACAGAGAUACCGGGCACAGCGAGAGAGGGAGAGAUACCGGGCACGGCGAGCGGGUCAGAGCUACCGGGCACGGCGAGAGAGGGAGAGAUACCCCACCUGGACACGAUGAGCGGGACAGAGAUGCCGGGCACGGCGAGCGGGACAGAGAUACCCCACCUGGACACGGUGAGCGGGACAGAGCUACCGGGCACAGCGAGAGAGGGAGAGAUACCGGGCACGGCGAGCGGGACAGAGAUACCGGGCACAGCGAGAGAGGGAGAGAUACCGGGCACGGCGAGCGGGACAGAGAUGCCGGACACGGCGAGCGGGACAGAGAUGACGGGCACGGUGAGCGGGACAGAGGUAUCAGGAUGCCCAGGAGGGGCGGAGGUGCCCCGGCAGGAGGGCAAGAAGGCCCCAAUGCGAACAGCGGGUAUGGUGAUCUCCCGGAUCCGCUGGGACCCGGAGCUGCGGCCCGCUGAUUUCACGGUGGGCUACCAUGACCGCUUCCUGGGCACGGUGGAGCAGCCCUUUGAGCUGUUCACCUGGGGAGAGCUGGUGGAGGCUGAGCUGGGUGCCUUAGCCAUCCCCCAGCACCGCAUCCAGUACUUCAAGCACCGCGGGCGCGUGGUGUGGGACCGGGCCGCCCGCCUGGACCACGUCUUCGGCUCCACCGGGGGGCGCCACACCAUCCGGGAGCUCCUGGCCGACGACCAAGAUGGCGUCCAAGAUGGCCGCCGCAACCCGGACGUCAAUCAGGCCACCGGGGAUCCAGGCUGAUGGAGGGGGAGGGGCUGUUUUGGGAGGACUGGGCUGGCAGGGAGAGGAAGGGCCGAUGGGUUUGUCUCUGCGUACAAGAAUAAAAAUAA